AUGUUCCCGCUUCACAAAGAGAGGGAGGCGGCCAUCUUCAGCGCUCGGGCUCACGUGUUCCAGAUCGACCCCAACACCAAGAGAAAAUGGCUGCCGUCGAGCAAACACGCCGUCACCGUGUCCUUCUUCUACGACAGCAGCAGGAACGUGUACCGCAUCAUCAGCGUGAGCGGGACCAAGACCAUCAUAAACAGCACUAUAACUCCGAACAUGAGCUUCACUCAGACGUCUCAGAAGUUUGGGCAGUGGGCGGACAGCAGAGCCAACACGGUGUACGGCCUGGGCUUCUCCACCGAGCAGCAGCUGCAGCAGUUUGCAGAGCACUUCCGGGAGCUGAAGGAAGCGGCACGUUUGGCUCGAGAGAAAUCUCAGGAACGAUUUGAGAUUUCCAACGCCACGCUCGGCCUUGGCCUGGCGCCCCCACAGCUUCCUCAUGCGCUCUCAGAGGAGCGGCAGUCUCCCCCUCUUCUCUCGGUGAAGGGUCCAGAGGAGAAACUGUUCAGGAGCCACAGCGCUGAGGAGCAACUGACGAAGGAGACGCAGUCUGAGGGGACCAUGUGUGAGCUGCAGCUGGAGGCCGAGCUCUUCUCGCUACAGAACAGUAACUCCAAACUGGAGGAGGCGCUGGAGGAGGCGCACUGCAGCGCGGAGCAGUGGAAGAGCCAGCUGCAGGAGUACCAGGAGGAGACCGAGCGCCUCCGGGACCAGAGCGUUAACCGUCAGAGCGCUAACCGUCAGAGCGCUAACCGUCAGAGCGUUAACCGUCAGAGCGCUAACCGUCAGAGCGUUAACCGUCAGAGCGUUAACCGUCAGAGCGCUAACCGUCAGAGCGUUAACCGUCAGAGCGCUAACCGUCAGAGCGUUAACCGUCAGAGCGCUAACCGUCAGAGCGUUAACCGUCAGAGCGUUAACCGUCAGAGCGUUAACCGUCAGAGCGUUAACCGUCAGAGCGUUAACCGUCAGAGCGUUAACCGUCACAGCGUCUGUCUGUGGCUCAUCUCCCACAGGAGACAGGGGGGGGGGGGGGGGGGGGGGGUGUUUGGAGCCACUGCACGUCCAAACACAUGCCACAACUUGACCUACACACAGGAGUUUUUCUGA